AUGAAUAACAAUUAUCCAGCAAUACAAGCUCGUGUUUCCGGGAGAUUUGAAGCGAGACAAAUCAUGAGAAAACAACAUUUGAGAAGAACUUUUAGCUGUGAAAGCAUAGCAAGAGGACAACACCAAGAAAAACAUAAAACGAAAGAAAGAAAACAUUCAAUUAGAGAACAAUGGAAUGAUACAUGGAUGGCGAUAGAUCUGGGAAGAAGACGAAACGAUUUGAACAGCAAAAGCCAGAGAAUGGGAUUGAAAAUGGAAGAAAUUGAUGAUGUGAUAAUGUCUUUCAUUGUCAGUUCAACAGAUUAUCUUUGUUUCGAAGCUCCAUUCGCUGAUCUUGAAGCAAAAUUAUCAGGAGAUGAUAUAAAGAAAAAUUAA